CAUGGUGCCGUGCGGCGGGUCGCCGCGCCUGCGCGGUGCGGGCGGCGGGCAGCGCAGAGUGCGAGGCUCUUUUGUUCGGUUGAGGGGAGGGCCGUUGGCCGGGGCCUGCGGUACGCCGCUCCAGUGAGGUGCUCCAUUGCGGCCACCGGGCUUGCUGCCUUCCUGGGCGCUACUCCUCCGGCCGACCCGACGCGACGCGCCAGUAGCGCAGCACCGAUUCCUCUCCGGCUCUUGGGCGCUGCUCUGAGCAGCGUCACCCUUUAUACCAGAAAGCUGGCGGGCACUAUGGGGAAAAAACAAAACAAGAAGAAAGUGGAGGAGGUGCUAGAAGAGGAGGAAGAGGAAUAUGUGGUGGAAAAAGUUCUCGACCGUCGAGUGGUAAAGGGCAAAGUGGAGUACCUCCUAAAGUGGAAGGGGUUCUCAGAUGAGGACAACACAUGGGAGCCAGAAGAGAAUCUGGAUUGCCCCGACCUCAUUGCCGAGUUUCUGCAGUCACAGAAAACAGCACAUGAGACAGAUAAAUCGGAGGGAGGCAAGCGCAAAGCUGAUUCUGAUUCUGAAGAUAAGGGAGAGGAGAGCAAACCAAAGAAGAAGAAAGAAGAGUCAGAAAAGCCACGAGGCUUUGCUCGAGGUUUAGAGCCGGAGCGGAUUAUUGGAGCUACAGACUCCAGUGGAGAGCUCAUGUUCCUAAUGAAAUGGAAAAACUCUGAUGAGGCUGACCUGGUCCCUGCCAAGGAAGCCAAUGUCAAGUGCCCACAGGUUGUCAUAUCCUUCUAUGAGGAAAGGCUGACAUGGCACUCCUACCCCUCGGAGGAUGAUGACAAAAAAGAUGACAAGAAUUAACUCUCCUGAGUACCAGCCCCUGUCACAUCUGACUGUGGGUUUCAAGUGGGAAGGGAAGGAGUUCUACUUGUCUUGACACCACAGAGGUGGCUUGAGAAGAUGUCCUUUGAAGAGCCAGUAUAGUUUCUGUGCCCUGCAGCAGCCCAAGUGCUUUAAAGCCGUUCCAAGCUGUAUAGUUUGCACACCCAUCCCAGUGGAGGGGAAGGGGGAUAAGUGUUUCAAGGCAACCUUUUCUGCACUUUGCUGAGAAAAGCAAAGGGCCUUCUAUGAAGGACAAAACUUGCAGAAUUGGGUGUGUGGGAGAGCAAAAAAAUACUGUAGAUCUUCAAAGAGCAUCUCCACAACCCACAGCCUUCUUCCCAAUAGUGUUAACUCUGCAUUUUUACAGCAUAGCAUGUGUGUAGUUUUUGGCUAUUACUGGUGUAUUAUUUGGGGGAGGGAGGGAUGGGGAGGGGAGAAAGGGAGAUGGGUGGCAUCAUUUUGAUUAAAUUUGGGGGUCUGAAAGGGAAAAUGGUGAAGCAAUGGAAAGAACAGACAACUAAUGAUAUGCUUCUAUGUCCAGAAUAUUUUACUUUUCAAAAAAAAUGUCAUUGGCACUAUAAAUAAGGACUGUGAGAGACUGUUUAAAAGCUGUGAAUGUCUGAAACCUAUAAGCCAAGGUGUUCCCUGCCUAAACUUACUGCUGUUCCCCACAAAGGACUAAGCCAGUUCAUAAGUUACCAAAGUUGCCAUUUUGGAAAUGGAAAUUGACUGAGGAGGGAAGGUCUUUUAUUGGAGAGUAUACAGUACAAGCAGAUGAUUCUGUCUCAGCGGUGCUAAUUCCUGAAAUUAGAAGACCUUUCUUUUCCAAUAACAAAAUUAUAAAUAUCAGCUUGUUCAUCCAAGCCACUGGCUGAGGUGUUGGGGAAGAGGAAGAGGGUGGUAGAGGAGAUAAGACAGUAGGGAAAGACAAGGGCCUAUGCUCUUAGUGGGGAGAACUCUUGGAGCUGUUCUCUUUUUUUGAGGUUUGAACUCUGAAACCAUUGGUGGCAGGGUUCAGUCACUGACAGCACAAGUUUCACUGAAUUGAUUCAAGAGUUGGGUGACUUAAAAAACCUUGGUCCCAGGAGAAGAUUAAACUUUCAUACUGGGCAGUGGUUCACUUUAAAACACACACACACACACACACACACACACACACACACACACACACACUUUUUUAAAGAAAUCCUAAGAAGUAACAUACCCAAAAUGCUCUGUCUUGAGUCAUGAAAUCCAUCAGUUCUUGAUAUUGUCUAGACUUGCAUCUAGAGCUACAUUGUAAAAUCUUUUUAGGCAUGUGUUAGAUUUCUGUGAAAACUUUGUUUAAAUGUAAACUUCAUACUACACUGUCAGUUUUUGUCUUAAUAAAACUAUAGAUUUAUAAUCCCUGA